AUGCCCCGGCCCAUCUACCUCAUCGUCUUCAACUCCCCCCUCUUCCCCGCGCACUGGGGUCUCUGGAUUCCGCACCCCUCGUCUAGCGACCCUCAAACCGGAACGUACCUGAACGCAACCGGCGAUGCAGCAAGCGGCUUCAGUAUAGAAUUCGAACGUAACUACGAAAUUGGUGCUGAUGGACGGCGGCAUCAACUCAUCUCUCUGGGUGACGUCGCAGACGAGCAUGUCGUUGACGUAACGGGUGAUGGGAAGUGGUCCGUUGAUCAGAUUGCGAGAGAUCGUCUGGAGGAGGUUGUGUUGGGUGUAAAGCCGCCGGGACCGAGUUUGGUUGCUGCGGAUAGUAAGACUUGGAUACGCGAUGCGGUUGCAGCGUUGGUGGAAGCAGGAAUCAUGGACGAAGAGGCUUUGCGGAUAGUAGAGAAAGCGCCGAAGAACUGA